UUAGUUUAUGGCUUUCUAUCAACUUUGCCUGCCAUCUGCUUGCGAUCAGUGUUUUAUGUUGGUUAAAACUUCAUUCUCCAUCCCUUCUGAAACCGUUUCCCUCUCUCUGUCUACACCCUUGCUGCAAUUACCAUACUUACAACACCAGAUGUUUUUUGUGGUAAUGUGUUGCCUUCUUACAGAAGCGAUAUUCUGAGUAGAUAAUUUGAGACAAGACCUAUGAUGUGGAAAAAUAUGGCACUAAUUUUUGGGUUUUGUUUAGUGAUUCAAUGGUAUAGGUUUCCUGAAGUAGUUAGUCUGGAUUCCAGCAGAGUGGUUCAAGAAAAUAUAUUUGAACUGCGAAAACUUGCACAUUAAUAAUUUUUCCGUGAGAGGAUCGCAUCAGAAAUAAGCAGUUAGAUGUUGGACUGCCAUCUGUCUAAUUCAGUUACAUUUGAAACACUUCUUCCUUUUCAACACAAGUAGAAAGACAGGAGAAAAUGUAGCAGAAGGGGCAAUAUCUGUUCAAAAUGUUCUUCAUGUGAAAAGUCAGCAGAAAACUUGAAUGCUGUUCUGCCCAUUUUCAAAUCUAGCUCUUUUAUGUACUGCUGCCUGCUCAUAGUGCUUAAGAACCAGCAUUGGUUAGGGUUUGGUGGUGGAGAAAGGUCUUAGAGGUGUAUCUGUGCUUAAGUAGUGUAGUGAAGCUUGACUUGACACAGACAAAGCUACCACAAACAGUUCAUCAGUGACACCACAGUACAGUGCUAAUUUACUGUUCUCUACCACCAUGAUAAAAAUUCAGGAUAAAUCCUUGAUCAGUUGUGGCAAACUACUUCUAGUAGCUCAGAUUGUCCUAAGAGCAAUUUCUUUCUUUUCACGUGUUGUCUUCAGCGUUGGUCAAGUAUACAUUCCAGUUUUGCUUCCGCAUUUGCUGAAUUUGUUUAGGCUCUUGGUGCAAGUUCGGGAGACUAUAUAUGUGCCUGAAGCUGGUCAUCAUCAGGGUGAGCAGCAAAUGACUCCUGCCUCCUUUUAGUAAAUUGAAAAAACAUGCAGCCUCAUUCAACCCACAAUUUUGGAAGGUGUUUGUAAUCUGUAAGAAAAAAAUAGGGCUUCUUCCCAUCUGCUUUCUCUUCUUUUAGUUUCUGAUCAUCUGUAGGGACUUCUAAAACUAGGAUCCUUCUAGUUUGUUUAGGAGCUAUACUUCUUUUUUUUCCUUGGCUUUAAAGCAUAGGGUGAAGGGUGCCAGAAGGAGACAGAGGUGAGAGAUGUGUCCAGUAUCAAAGAUGUGAACAUGAAGUUUAUUUAAACAGUAACAAAACAAUGUUUUCUGUUCUCAGUUCGUACUCUGAACAUUCUGUUAGCAGAGUGAAAAUAAAACACAAAGCAGAGUGAAAAAUAAACACAAAGCUUACACUAAGGCUGCCGACAGUGACCUCUUUUGAGUGAAAUCUACUAAUAUAUGUAAAUGCAAUAGUUUUCACUAGGAAAAAGGAGACACUGUAAAUUCAUUCCUUUGUAUUUAAUCCCAUUUAGAGACAAAAUGUCAGCUGGAGAUCAAGCAGGAUCCUUUUUUGAAUCCUUUAAUCAACUCCUAUCUAAUCUCUUGGAUAGAAAAGUAUCUUCUGCACAGUUUGUCAUCUCACUAUUCACAGCCUUUUCCAGAUGUUUCAUGAAGAUGAGCAGCACAGAUCUCAACAGAUUCCUGUGGGAUUCCACUGGUGAAGUGGAUGAUGUAUUGGAUUGUAUUUGCCUUUUUCACCACUGCAGAAACACUCACAGACAUUGUUCUUUCUUGGGCUGAGAGAUGCCCUGUUUAUGGAGUUUUCAUGGCUAUGGAUGAAAGACUAAAUGAUACUCGAAGAAGGUUUCCCUUUUAUUUCGAGCUGAAAAUCGCAUUUGUGAUUUGGCUGCUCUCCCCUUACACAAAGGGCUCCAGUGUCCUCUACAGGAAGUUUGUGCACCCAACGCUCUCCAAUAAGGAGAAGGAAAUUGAUGAAUACAUUACUCAGGCUUGUGACAAGAGCUACGAAACCAUGAUGCGAGUUGGCAAGAGAGGGUUAAACCUUGCUGCCAAUGCAGCGGUUACUGCAGCUGCAAAGGGCCAGGGAGUUUUGUCUGAGAAGCUUCGAAGUUUCAGCAUGCAGGAUCUCACUCUGAUCCGAGAUGAAGAUACUGUGCAUAUGCGAAGCCGUGAUCCACAGCUGCACCCCUCUGGUGCAAGUCUUCUGGAAACUAUUGAAGACUCAGCUUCGUGUUACUCCUCAGGAGAGGAGAGCAGUGUGGCACAUCGGUCUAAUGGAACUCCGUCAGAUGCUAGAACAGACCCAUCAGAUGAAGAUGCAGGAGACAAACUUCCUAAACGAACCCAGAGUCUCAAAACUCCUAAAAAGCUUCCUGUGAGAAGUGUAAAAGCCCGCCCUAAGAAGAAAGCUGCUGGCUCUCUUGCUUCUGGCGAGUCAUCCUAAGGCAACCUGCUCCCUCCAGCACCUGUCUCUGUCCUGGGAUUUGCCUUUCGCUUUUUAUGGGGAAACUCUCCAAAGGAAGGGAGCUGAGAUUCUUGUACAUAACCGAUACUGCUUUACAGAGCUCAUUCCAAGGCAAGGGGGAGGCUGGGAUUCAGAAAGCAGAGUAGAGGGUACAAAUCCUCAGGAAUUUUCUCCUUUUCAUCUCUCUGUUGGAGGGAAUGCUGAUAUGUCUGUACAUAGCCAGAUGCUUUGGAAUUCCCACUGUAUAACUCUAGUUGAGAAUCUUUGCUGGAAAAACCUACUAGGGUUAAAGGCAUCCAUUGCACAGAAGCUGGAAAAAUACUAGACACUGGAGUUCCAUAGGGUGGGUGGCUCUCAAAAAUGUCUUCUCUUGCUCUGGGUAGUCUCCUGCAGCUGUGUGUUGUUAAGAAGUGCCCAUCAUGAGUCAUAUUCCUUAAGAAUGGAUAUGUCCAUUGCCUUUGAGAAAGUGGUCGAAGUGAUAUUGUACUGAGUGCUUUAGAACAUAAAGGACUGGCUCAUGGGAGGUAUAUACUAGAUUCCCACUACUCAUACUGGAAGAUGAAGAGAUUGGGUUUAAUUUUAUUUUUUCUGGAAGGUGAUAAUUUUUUCUAGAAGGGCGAUAAUUUGAAAAACUGAUAAAGGAAAUGUGCUAUUACAUGCACAUUAUAUGAUGGAGUAGGUAGGAGUUACUGUUGAGAAGGAAAGUGUGACAUAUCUAAGAUUUUGGCUCUUUUUUAAACUGCUUGAAUUUUAUUUCAGGUUCUAAUGCUCACUUUGACUUCACUGAGAGCAUCAGAAUGAAGCGAGUCUCAUGCAGUUCCAUAGCAAGCAUACUCACUUUGCCAUUUAGUGGUUGAACUCAUGUUGUUGUGUUGCUUGUUACUUCAGACAAAUUCUUUUAUUCUAGCAGAUGUCUGGGGAAAAUCUGUCUCAAAAUAGUCUGCAAACAUACUUGAGAAUAUCAGAAGCCCUCACCUCUCAGCUUUAGGAGAGUCAAUCCUCAGGACAUAAGAACUGAAACAGUUGAUUUAUUAACGGUCGAGUUCCUCUAACUUCAGGAUUUCGUUUAUGGGGGAUAAAAAGCAGGCACUAGGGCACAAUACUGGUAAAUACUGAUUAAUCUGUUCUCUUGCUUUAUCCUGCUGCAGCCCUUGCACAGAUUUUCUGUCUGAUAUGUGCCGUGCUUAUCAGUGUCCUGAGACUCGAGCAAUACUUAAUGCUUGGGACAGAAAACUACAAGGAAUGUAGAAUAUGUAUUGUGGGAAGGAAAUUGUAGUGCUAGAAAGAAAAUUUGCUUAAUGACAAGCCAUACUAGACUCUUGAACGUUUUUCAGGGGCGAACCCCUGUACACAUGCCGGCUGAGCCUAUGAAAAUUUAAGAGUUUGGGUUCUUGUUAUCAAGAUCAAUAAUGAAGGUGCACCAUUUUAGACAUGGAUGUCUGAAUGAAUACUUGAUGGUCUUAAUUUUCACUGAAAUUAGUUAUCAAAGGAACCUGGCUCCUACAAGCAGGUGUUUGCAUCCCAUACUUUUGUUGUCACAUUUCUAAAAUUACAGUGAAUUCUUCACAGAGCCCAGUAUUUUGCUGUUGACAAGGUAUAGAAGCACUUCUGCAGCUAAUGCUCCACAAGUAUUUCUGACCUAGAGAAUAGCCUUUCAAAAGUUUAUAAAGGUGAAGAUUAGGACUGAAUUUUUUUCUUGUUUUCCACUGUCUUGGUGGCAAAUCGUUUGCUGUUGAAUACACCAGUUAUUUCAGGAAGCCGGUUAAGUUGGGUUUACUAUUUUUUGCAGCUUUAAAAAAUUUAAACUUUACGGUCCAUGUUAGAAACUUGCGUCUUGUCAGAAAUAUUUGUCCUAAAUUAUCCACAAGGCCUUAUCCAGAAGCCUGUAGAAAAUGCUUGAUUUGGCUCUGCAUUUCAUAAAAACAAACAAACAAACAAUUAUUUUGUUCUUUUUAAGUUUAUUAGCAAACUUCAUAUUCGUGUUUUACCAGCACAUGCAAAUGCAUGUCCUGAAGCAGGAAUACUUGCUGUUUCCAAAGGAAAUUCCUCUCUUCAGACAACAGAUAAAAUAUUUCAUGGUUAUGUGGAAGAUCCAGUUGUGAGAUAUUGCUGUCCUAGACUUUACUGUACUGAGCGAGAGAGAACCAUUGUUCUCUAUAUACCUAGUAUGUCUGUGACCAUGUUUCUUGAUUUUUUUUUUCAAAAUUAAAAUUGUGCAUAGCAAAUUAUUUAUGUAAAUCAUUGUGAGGGACUUAAUUUGGAAGCCAAGUCUCCCCUUGCGCUGUUCUUCUUGCCCUUUCCUUGUGCAUGCACUGUGAUAGUCUACGAUUACUGGGUUUCCACAGAGCAACUUUCCAGAAUCCUCUCUAGAAUACAUUUAUUUGUAAUGGCUUUUCUGCUUUGAAGCACGGGAAAAAUUUCUGAAGAUUCAGUCAGUUCUGGUAUUUGGAUUUGUCUUCUUGAGCUGGGGUCUGUGCUAAGUAGCAUUUACUUAGCAUUGAUGCUUGAUGUCGUUAGCUUGUGGGUAAAUACAGGUCAGUUUUACUCUGAGUUUUCUUUAUACAGGGGAAUUGGCUUUUUGGUUGCAAGAGGGAGUCUACAGUAGAGUGAGGGACUAUCUAGUGUGUGAUAUGAAGCUGAUGAUGUCAAGCAGCAGAACUUACCCAGAGCAAGACCAAUGUCUUAGCAUGGAUACUGUUUUCUUCUUGUAGUACAAGUGUGACUGCUAGAUUGCACUUUGCUUGAUCAAAGCCACUGCAGAUCUACCACCACCCACGUGACCUCUUAGUGAGCUUCUAGAUCUAGUUCUGCAUUGGAUGCACUGUCUUGCAUAGAAUUUCUCUUGUUAAUGAGAACGCUGAAUGUGCUGUUUUGAUAAAAUGCUUUUAUCAGCUGCUGUUCGGUGUUUUCAGCAGGAAAUGCUGGAAUGUAGUUUCUCUUCAGUAUCAUCUGUGGGCUUCAUCAUGCAAUUAAGCAAAUGGUUAAAUCUUCACCUAGCAGUAGAACCCUGUUGUGUUUGGUAAAUGUUUAGAGCCUUUUCCUAAUCUGCCUGGCCAUAGAGAGAAGUGCAGUAACAGAAAAUGAUACUUGAAGGUGGAGGCUAAAGAGGGUGGUAUGUGUGUGUCAAACUUCAUGUGCCUAAAGGUUAUCCUAAAAUACCUGUACCAUGACAUACAAAGUUGAAGCCAUGACUGCCUUUUGAAAAGAAAUGUUUUACUUUCAUGCUUUGUUGUAGGAUGAGUCAGUGUUCUGCUGUUGGAAAAGAAAAUACUGAAAUGGGGUUUCCUGUGUAAGAAACUUAAUAAUUUGUUGCAUAAAAGGGAAAGUGUUUUCUUGUUUGGCAAUAAUCCUCCGUGGUGGGUAAGAAAUAUGAAAAUACAGGGGAGACAACUGUCAGGUUUUAACCCUUUACACUUUACCUAAACAUCAUUGUUACCUACUUUUUUAAAAUGGAGUUUGUGAUUCUCCAGCUUUACAUUUCUGGGACUGAUUUCCUUUAGACUAGAAUGAUUUCCUUGGUAUGUAGAGCAUAUAUAUAGAGAGGGGUGCUGGUGUUAAAAUUGCAAAGCUUUUUCUGGGGAAGUUUCACCUUCCCUCAUUUUAGUGAAUUGAUUUCCACUCAUUGUGCUUUUGCAGUGCUGGGCUUUUUUUUAAUACAUCGCUCUUGGAAGUAUGACUCCUUCACAAUAUACUUCCUUGGAAAACAAGAGAACCACCAACUUUCCAGAAAUGGUUCUGUGCCAUCUUAAUCAGCAGGAAAUUUAGUGCUUUAGGAGAAAAGUAAGAUAUCUAUGGAGAACUAUGCUGGUUCUCUGGUCCACAUAGAGCAUUGUAUCAAGGAGGCUCACAAGUUAACUGUGAAGUGUCAUUGUGUGUUUGAGAGCAGCUGUUAAAUUGACCUGUUUCCUUUCUGUCUUCCAAAGUUGCAUAUAAUGCUGUAAAGUGUUGCUCCCUAAGAGAGAAAUCUGGGGAAAAAAAGUUGUAUUAUAAUGGGGACACUGUAUUGUCACAUUACUGCUUACUGGGCAGAUGCUGAAUGACAUCUCUAUGUAACUGGUCUGUACUAUAGCUUUUCUUGCUUUAGCCACUAGGAAUUUGUAAUGUGCUAUCUGGCUGAAGCACCUUGACGUGCUGCUUUGUGAGUUGUCUUGCAAAGUCAGAGAUGUGAAAAACCAGGAAAAGCACUGCAAAGUUACAUGAGCUUGUAGAACCAUAGAGGUGUCAGAGUCGGAAGGGGCCUCUGGGGGUCAUCUGGUUCAACCUUGCAACUCAGUCAGAGCCACCCACUGCCAGUUCCUGUGUGCUAUUUCUGGUCUGGAAUCUGCUGACCCUAAGGGCUGAUAAUAUGUGCAGAAAUGCAUAUGCUGCAUGGGAAUGCAUUUUAGUGUUAUUGAGGAGAAAUGUUUCCUGGUCACUUUUCAUCUGGAAUUUGGCUCUAUUGCAAGACACUAUAAACAUAACUCCAUUCUUAUGUUCCUUAUAGGUACUGUUAAGAAGCCUAGAGUCUCAAAAAAGAUCUUGAGGUAUGCAGAGUAAAUUGUGAAAACAGUUGGUAUCAACAGUAAAUGGAGACAAUAACUGCAUAGCAGCUAAGAACCUUUCCUGUGAGACAGAUAGAUUGAUAAGAUAGCAUUAGAGUAGAAAAUGAGCUGUGUAUAUUACAGAGCUGUCCAGUAAAUACUGCUAACUUUCUGAGCCUCAAGCAACACUUAAACUGUGCAUUCUACAGAUGAGAGCUUGAUUUCUUUUUUGAGCCUGAGUUCUCGCUUGGAGUCAGUCUCUGUCUCCUCCCUCCCUCUUUCCCCCUUUGCUUUCCCCCGCUUCCCCAUCCCUUUCAAACUGGGCUUGAGCUACAUACAUUAAGAUUCUUCAAACUUUCACCCCUUCAGAGCAAUAAAAUUUUACUUUUACUUCAGCAGGCAGGCAGCUGAUCUGCAGGGAGGACCAGAUGAAUAUCAAGCAUCUCGUCUCUUUUGUAGAUGCAUGACACUGGAGAAGCAGUAGCAGGAGGCUUCAGAGGAUAUGUUUGCCUGGGAAAUUCUACCCUGUGUCCCCUGCCAAAGCCUGCAUUUUUGGGCGAACCAAAUGCUGGGCUUAGCUAUGCUCAUAUACACAGUUAUCUCUAGAAUCCCACAAUUCAAUGUCAGAAUUUCUAGUGCUCUAUUUCUGAUGAUAAUAGGAAUUAAAAUAAUAUGAAGUGAAAAGAAACAGUUGCAAGCUGGUUUUUUUGUUUGUUUGUUUGUUUUUUGUUUGCUUUUUUUGUUUUUUUUUGUUUUUUUUUUUUUUUGUUGUUUUUUGGGGGUUUUUUUUUGUUUGUUUGUUUUGUUUUUCUUUUUUUGCAACUUUGCAGGUAAAUUCAGGUCAUUGCUAUUUAUAUGCCUAAAAUCUUUGCCUAAAGCACCUUGCAAGCUGUUACUUUUUCUCUCUUUCAGAGCUCCUGUUUUUCUGUGAAUUGUUUAUGUUUUUAUGUUUAUUCUUAUUAAGCAAGGGCUGGAUUCCAUUCUACUGACUGUGGAGAUUUGAAAUAUACUGUAUUAGAGCUUUAAUUUAGCCUUUUCUUGUUAUUUAAACCUAUGACCUAGAUUGAUACAUGUAACUGGUACAACAAGGCCUAAGGCUAGAUUCGCAGGUGGAAUGUAAGUAUCUAUUGCAAAUAGCAUAGGUUGACAUAUUUCCCUUUUCUUGCAGUGAUUCUGGCUGAAAUGUGCUUACUGCAGACCCUUUGGACCAAGAGCAUUCUGUCAGUGUUUAACCAGAUCAUGUUAGAAGUAGCAUUUAUGGGAAUAAUGCAAAAAUUAGUGAACAUUAAAGGAGCAAAGCUCAAGUCUUCUGUAAUAUAUGACUGACUGAGAAUAUGUAAAACACUAAAGCAUUUCUGGCCACAGUGGAAAUGCAUUGCUAUACUGACUUAAAAAGGUAGGGCAUUCAGUCAUGGUCUUUGUCGUAGGUUUGGGGUUUGGGAGGAAAGUUAGUCUGGAUGGCAAGCAUAUAAAGUUUUACAUACCAAGGAACUAAGUUUUUAUCACAAGUAAUGCUUAGUAACUUACCAGAAAGAAAGAAGUAAAAAAAUUAACUAAAAUUAUAAAAUGAAGAGAAAUUUUCAUGAUUGUCAAACCUAGUAUCGAAUAUAAACUUUUUGUGUUUGUGUUGCUGCCUUAUUUGGGAAAGCACUGCAUUAAUUAAUUCAUCAUUUCUGACUCUUAGAUUAUUUCUGAAAUUAAUCUCAAAUUAGAGAUGCUUGGGUUUGACUCAGCAUUUUAACAUCCUCAAGUCCCUGUUAGCCCAGUGCUGAUCUAAAGGCAGUAAGGCACUAGGAGGGUUGUGAAUUACUUUUUGUCCACUAGAGGGUAUAAGCAUAACAUAAAACCACUGAACAUGAGAGAGCAGAGACAUGUCUUGUAGCAGUUAGUUCAGUUAUGGCAGUUGAACAGCAAUAUUUCCUAGGUAUGAGUGAAGGUCCUCCUUGGGAGUGAGAGGGAAAACAAGCUGGGGUUCUAAUGGAGAAAUAUUUCAUGAAAUAAUACUGCUAUUAACAUCUGACUGAAAAGGCUAUUCUUGGCAUUCUUAUUGAGCCACUAUCCAGUAAGGCUUGCUGAGACAAUAGAGUUACAGAAUAACUGUCCUCACUUUUUAAUUUUUGUUGUAUAUUCAAACCAUUUUCUAGCUGUAGGGAGCAGCUCUGAAAAUGGCAAUGUUUGUGAUUCACCCCCUCCCUGCAGCCCUCUUCCCCCCACCAGCUUUUGUAAUUAACCAAUUGCUGUGUGUUCCUCUACUUUAUACUCUGAAUUUUAGUAGUAUUUCCUGGUAAGGAUGAGUAUUUUCUUUUAGUUGGGUCUGUUUUCUCUGAAAAGAGAAGCAAUUUUAAUCUAAAAAUACAGAUGUAUCUAAUGUUACUAUGGUAAUUUGUGACCAUGGCAACAGAGAGUUAGCAUUCUGAAGAACAGACACAGAUUUGGUUGGUUGGUUUUUUGUUUGUUUUGUUGUUUUGGUUAUUUUUUAAAGUCAAUUAAUGGUGCACGCAUUUCACAAAAUAAACUCGACUUUUCGUAUUUGUUAACCAUACAGGAUAAUAUGAGUCCAUGGGAUUUUGACAUUCUUACAUGGAAAAGCUGAUAUUAGAACAUAAUUUAACAGUAUGAGAUUCUUUCCAAUGUUGAGAAAUUCUUUUAUUUGCAACAGCAUAGAUGGAGACUUGCAGAGUAAAGGAGGAUCCAGGACAUACCAGGAGGUUUCUGUAGGAAAGGGAAACAGAAUCUAGAAUAGUCCUGGGGAUUCUUCAAUGUCAGACAUCAGGGGGAAAAACAUGAAGAAUAAAAUAUAUUGAAUAUGUUUCUAUUUUCCAUUCAUAUGAUCGGCCUUAUGUAAACCAACACAGUGCUUUUGGGCAGGUGCUAAAUUUCAAGUACAAGUUAUGGAUUGCCCUGACAUGCCUCAUCCCAAAAGCAUGUAGCGCAUUCUACAAAACAUUUAGUAAUGAUUUAAAGAGUUAUAAGAAAUUAACCUCUUUUUGAGGGAGGUAGGAAUUGGCUUUUGUGGCUAAGCCUUGUAUGUAGUUAAUUUAUCUCUGCCUGUAUAGAACUAACAUAAAGGCUCUCUACUGUCAACACUCAGUGUUGGUUUUAUAGGAAGUGUGCUGAUGUAAGUUUAGCCAAAACUAAAGCACAGAUUUUUUUUUUUCCAACCUUUUCCUUUUUCCUAGGUUCUGUUGGGGAAUCUAGCAACUGAAUGGAAAUUAUAACAUUGUUGCUAUCGCUUGCUUAUUUGGGGUGAUGAAUAUAUUGAAUUAAAUAGAAUUAAGCAGCAUUUAAUAGUUUAAUUUUUGUAAAAUUAAUUUUGUAACCAGCUAUUGUGACCAUUCUGUAUUUACUACAAGAAUAUGGUCACUGAUGCCUGGAGCCAUUGUAGUGCAGGAAGGCUAUUUACCGCCAAAAAGGGAAAGCAGAGAAAAGGCCAACGCAAACUGAAUUAGUUCAGCUAGUCCAGUGUCCUGUCUCUGAUACUGCUCAGUUGAUUUGAUGAUCAGAGGGUAGUUUGGAAUUAAACACACAUUGGAAAAUGCCUCAUUACGACACUGUCACUUUUUUACCCAUGUGCUGAAGCACUGUGGUGUUAAAUGACUGAGUUAAUAGAGUUUUCCUAAGAGGAGGAGUUGUUGAGAAUCUGUAACUAAUUUUUUUGGUCAUUAAGUCUGGUCACUUGCUGCAGUAUAAUGACUUAAAUGUACAAAAUCUAAGUCUUGUGUUGUGCUUUCUUCUUAGGUAUCUUUUAACAGUCUCUUUUUUGAAGUGCUUAUUUUAAAGGGCCCAUUGCUUGUCUUCCAUUUCUAUCCAGAGUAUAAUACAAAAGGUUUUAUCAAUGCAGAUGUGCUCUUGUUCCACAAGAUGGCAACUAGUCCUUAUUUCUGUUCUCAAUUAUUUUGACAUUUCCACUAGAAAUGGCUUUCCUGGCUAAGUUCCCUUCUGACGUAUCAGGGUCAUACACAUGGAAAGACAGCCCUUCUGUUCGGGUUGGAGACUAUUUGGAAAAGCUCAUUUUACUAUGUCUAUUUAGGCUUAUUUAUCAACUUGCUGAAGAUUGCUGAUGAGACCAAAAAGGCAUCAUCUAAGGACUAAAUUUUGAACACUACUUCUUGCUACUGUCUCAUGUGGGUCUCUCUGGUAAGUGGUACUACCAGGAACAACUGAUCACAAGUCUAUGAUGGCACCUCUAAAGAAAAAGUUGCUGUGGUAAGGUUUAGUUAUUGAUGUGGGUGAGAGAGAAACAUUCUAGAAGUUAUUUAUUCACUUUUUAUUUCCAGUUUAUUUUGACAGAUAAAUGUCUCAGAUACUUUGAAUUUAAAUCUCUGUGUGUCAUCAGAAUAGGCUUAUUAAUUUAUUAGUUGAAGGUAUGGCUUUUUGUUAUUUUUUAGUGAGUUUACAUACCUUUCUCCCCCCCUCAUGUCCCAGUUUCUUGCUACUGAUGCCUGUGGAUAUUAUUUUAAAAAAUGCUGUUUUGUUAUCUUUUCAAAUUGUGCUCCUAAAUCAUUUUAGUUUAUCUUCAUGUCUUAUGUGAUUAGUCUUCUGCCUUUCCACCUCUCCAUUGUUGAAUGAAUAAAUAUAUGAAAAUGAACACAAAGUCCUGCUAUUUCUGCUAUUUGCCUUAAAAAUAAGGCAAAUUUUGGGAAUCUGGUUUGUCCUGGCAUUAUACAGGAACAUAAAUGUUCCUCACUCUCAUGUUGUGUCCGCUUCCCAGCUGUUAACUGAGGACUUGGAUACCUAUCACAAGUGUAUUUGUUAGGUGGCCUUUUUGUUCCUGCAGAAUACUGUUGCUGUUAAGCAUCUAGGAGACCUAGACACGUGAAUUGUAAUGGCAAAUAACUUUUGGGGAAGACAGAAAUUGGAAAGCAUUCAUGUGUGCAACGUUAGAGAAUGGUGAAUAUCUUUUUCGCGGUCUACGUGCAGAAGCACGAAUGUUUAAUCAGUACUACAUAGCUGCUAUACCUAGGCAUGAAACAUUAGAGUGGUCAGGAAAUAAAAAUUGUCUUGCAGAGCCGGGUAGCAAGAACUCAGCUUACUUACUGGAAAACCUGUGGUAGCGACAACUGGCAGAGGGUAUGUGAAAUUACAAGGUAAAAAUGGGCUGUGAGAAGAAUUUUCUGUAGCUACCAGUAACAGUUGUUCUUCCACAGACCCAACUAGCAGGUAAAGUGGGUAGCUGGGAGCUAGCAGUUGUAGUGGCUGGGAUAAGAGAGGAAAUCAGCUAGCAGGGUUCUAGUGGCAUCUUUAUAUUUGGUGUUUUGGUAACAUAUGUCUGAGGCUGAUGAACUGUGGUCUCUAGCUGGAACUUCAUAAAAGUAGUAAUGGACUGAGUCUGUUUUGGAUUGAGUUGAAAUCCUUUUUGGCUUUGAAAUUCAGCUUAGUGGUUUCUUUCCUUCCCAAAGUAGACUCUUAUGUAGGUGCAGCCUUUCUCUUUUUACCCCCUAGCUGUCAGUUUUUCCUGCCAAUGCAAUGAAUCAAAGAAUCAUAGAUUGGAUUGAGUUAGAAGGACCCUUAAAGAUCAUCUAGUUCAACCCUUACUGCCAUCCUUCCAACUCUGUGGAUGUCCUUGUGAAGGAAGCAGAUUGUCUUCUGUUUCAGCCAGCUCAGAUUGGCCAUUCCUAAACUCAGCAGUUGAAACCUGAAAUGUUUAUAUAGUAAAUAGAAAGUGUUUGACUAUAUUUCUGGGCAUAUGCAAAAAUGAUAUGGUUAUUUUCCUCUUUGUAUAUGUCUAUGACAUUUUAUAUCCCCACUUGCUCCAACAGCAGCUGACCUGUGCAGAAGGAUUACAGGAACAGCUGCACUGGGUUUGGACUUUGAGUUUACCUGUUUAUUAGAAUCAUUGGCAGCUCUUGAGGCUAAGCUGCUUCUUCUGGGCUAGCAGGCUCCAGUGGAAUUGACCACUGAAUUUGUGAGUUGCUAACCCUAAUCACUUUUUUCCUUAUCUUCCAUGAAACUCUGACAAGCCAAGGAACACUUUUCAUCAAAUUGACCUCACAGAAUUCUUAAUUGCAUCCUCCUUUAGUUUGAGUAUUACUAUGCACCUUAAAAUUUUAGCUUAGUUUGUUUUUCUAACUGUGGAAAAAAAAAAAGCAUGGGAGAUAUGUUUCACACUGCUUUUGAAAAUGCAGCUUCUGCUUUCUAAUGAGUUACCUAAUACACUUUGCAAUGAAAUUUCCAUCCUUCCCCUUGUAAUUGCACACAAACUCAUUAUUUUUAGCAUUACUUGACAGAUUGGUAAAAUUAAGCCAUUUGGGAAGGGAGGAGGGCUGAAAUUUUGUAGACAUUCCAAACAGCUCUGCACUGAAUCAUCAGUCCCAAGAGCACAGACACUCCAUAGAAAUGUCAGACAGUCCUUCUGGCAUAUUAAUGAGGAAGCAGCAAUGAGUUUUCAGUCAUGCUGAUUUUAAAGUUCUUGCUCAGCUUCCAAUAAAAAUUCUUAGCAUUCAAUAAUAAAACAGUUUAAGCAAAUCCAAAAUCAAGAUAAGGAUGCAAUCCAGAUUUGGACUAUUUCAGUCAUGAAGUGGGAGGGGAACCUUGCCUCUAGCGAUGUGUUUGUGUGUUAUUACAAUCAGACUCCUUUCCUCAGCUUUUACAAUCAAGAUGAAGAAAAUCCUGUAGGUCUACAAUUAUUUUAACUACUGUGAGACUUUUCCUAUUGGAAGAUUGUGAAUUUUAGCUUACUAUAUACUUAAACAUUGGUUUAUCUUUCAAUACUUGGAAUAAAAUUUUGCCUUCAAAUUUUCUUUGAAGCAAGAUUUUUGCUUUAGUUUUAAAUUUUUGUCACAGAUCAACCUUGAGAAAUGAAAGGAAAAAAAUAUAUGUUCAGGAGCCGUAACUUACUGAAGAGGUAGGGUGAGAGAUUAGGUAAUUAAUAUGUGUGUGAUUUUUUUUUUCUCAAAGGAUUUAAUGUUUAUUGAGUGCAAUGGAAAAAAACUCCCAUUCACGUACUACUAAAGUUUAAUGUCUAGAAAUAAAAUGAAGUGCAAAUGGGAACGUUAACAGAGUGAGUUCAAUAUAGGCACAUUGUGUUUCCUCUUAUUUAACAAGUACAAGAGGAGGUGUUGUCAAAUUCUUGUAUUCUAUAAAAAUCAAUUCUUUGGGCUUCCUUAGUCUGGGAAUAAGAAAAAGUAAAUUGACCUGUUUUCAUUGCAAGAGCUGAAGGUUUGUUUCCAAGACACGAGUCUGUAACACCAUAAUUGCUAGCUUAUAGGAUUCGUUGCUGUGACGUGUCUAAAAUUAAUGUGUUUAUUAGAUUUCAAUUCAAGUAUUUGAUUUUUUUUCAUAGUAUACAUGGUAACUAAAAAUACUAUGGUAAAGCAUAAAAAAUCCAAGACAACUACUGCUCUUUCCUCCCUUCUCUAUUCACCUGGAAAAUGCAAAAAUUCUAGGAGCAACUGUACCUGGUCUGAGCUACAGAUCUGAUCCAGCAUGUAUGUAGUACUCUACAGAUGCAUUGCUGCAUAUUUGUACUCUACAUAACGCAGCAUUUCAUAGAAUUGUUAUUGUGAUUAACCACAGAUGGAUUUCUCAGUCUUGGUGGUGAGUAACAAUAUAACUCAGCAUGUAAUUUGGAAGUCCGGCUAGAAGGGGAAAUUAUUUCUGGUGUCCUUGUACUUCAGCAGUCUUCCACUGGUCUAUGGUAUUUCUUCAUCCUCCUAACUAUUUAUCUAAUAUGUCUUGAGUUACUACCAAGUCAGUUCAAAAUAUUACUUUCACUUGUCCCCUGCCUGCAUUUGCCAUUCAGAGAAAACAGUGGUGUUUAGCUAUGUCCACAAAUCCAAAACUGUUUUGUAACUAGUACAUGCAGUUUUUGCAGCACCUGGAAUUAACAGUUUGAGGUCAAUUGCUUAUAAACUGUCAGUGUUGGAGAUGUAAUAGAGCAACACAACAUAACUUCUUUGAUCUAAUCCAAAGACUAUGCUCAGUCUAUGAUAAUGUCUUCGCCAUCUUUUCUGUGGUAACAUUCCUUCAGUGGUCCACAUUUCUGGGAGAGUCAGUGUGUCAAGAAUGGAAAUGAAAGAUGGAGGACAACUGUGUGAAGGAGGAUACUGGUUAACAGAAGAAAUUGGCCUUUCCUGGCUCAUGUAUAAAAUAUAGAAAACUCCAAACAAAACUUGUCCCCUGGGUAGAGGACACUAAACAUCAGUUCAAGCUAAUGAGAUUGGGUUCCUCAGAUAAUAGUGAGAUUGUUUGCUGAUAUCAUGAUGUAGUUGUCAUGGUUACAAAAGGACCAGGUGCUAAAUACAAAGUAUCAGAAACAUGAAAAUGGGGAAAAUCAGUGUCCUAACAGAAAAGAUUGCAGAGCAGAUAAGAUUAUUUGGGGACCGGGAAAAAAGAAAAGGAAUGGUGGGAGCAACUAGGGAAUCCAACAGGAAAUUAGAGGAAAGAAAGUUCCAAGGUAGAUAAUCAGAGAUGUUUGAUCCGGAAGCAGACCUUGUGGGAAUUGACAUGCUGGUGUUUGUAAUUAAUGAAAAGUCUUUAAAGAGAAGUCUGGAAACAAUAUUCCCUAGCAAAUGUCCCUUUUGGCUUAUUCUCUUAUUCUUUGAAGCUUUGCACAGUAUAUCUUAAGAAUGUAUUGUGGAAGACAAAGUUAUGUUCUGAUACUGAAGUAUGGACAGUGAAUUUUUCCCACAAGAUAAUACAGCUACUGGCAUAGGUGAAAAAUAGAGGUAACUAUAUGAUUUCGGACAUGAGAUUUGCAUAGAGCAUUCCUGAUUCUGUGCCCUCUCCUGUUGUUGACGUUUUUGGCAAGUUCCAUUUGAAAGAGGUAGAUCUCCAAGAUGUAGCUCUAUGUUUGUUCUCUGCCCUGGUUUUGAGGCAGUAAAAAUUUAGAUGGCCUUUUCUUUUCUUUUUUUUUUUUUUCCUUUUUAGGUUGGUGAAAGCUAAUUGAACUUUUUGUUCUGAUGAAAAGAGAAUCUGGGAUAUUAAAGUGAGCUUUAUAGUGGGAUGUGAGUUAAUAUCAUGGUGAUUCCCUGAGCAAGUGGGUUGGGAUCUUCAAUUAAUUCCUGCAGCAAGAUGAGAAAUCAAGUUUCCAUGGAUACUGAGCUAGCAGCAGCACUGACACUCACAGCAACUGCAAGCUUAGUUUCCCUAAAGCUUGCUUCCUAAGGAGGAUUUGCCCCCCUGUCACCCCUGCUCUGUAUUCCAUAUUAGCAAAUAAAAAAUUUCAAGACA